AUGGUAUCUAGGGAAAACUCACCAGCAGUGCUUUUAGCCACAGCACAAAUAAGAAUCAAAUCAGCUAAUGGCGAGCAUAUUUUACUUCGAGCUCUUGUCGAUCAAGGGUCACAAAAGACCACGAUUUCCGAAGAGGCUAGCCAGUUACUAAAUUUACCUCCAAUGAAAUCGAAAACCGAAAUAUACGGUCUUGGCGGUACCAAAGUUGGCGUUUCUAAGAAUAAAAUAAAAAUACAGAUACAGCCAAGAUUUAGCAGCGACUACUUAGUUACAGCAGAAGCCUUAAUUCUGCCGGCGCUGACAAGUGUUCAACCAGAAAAGACAUUUAAGCAAGAUAUAGAAGAAUGGAAGAAUUAUGUCUUGGCAGACCCUUUGUACAACAAGUCAGACAGAAUUGACGUUGUAAUAGGCAGCGACAUAUUCGGUGACAUCUUGGAAGAAGGCGUUAUCAAAAAGUGUGGCAUCCUAGGGCAAUCAACUAAAUUAGGUUGGAUACUUUCCGGAGCUGUCACAGUAAACGCUGACAAUAACAAAAUUGUGUCAGCAAUGACCAGUAUAGAGAAAUUUUGGGAACUGGAAGAAGUCCGAACUGAAACCGAGUCAUCCAACGAAGACGAGUUGUGUCUAAAAAUUUAUAAAGACACUACCAAGCUAGAAGAAAAGGGAAGGAUUACUGUGAAGAUACCUUUCAAAGAAGACUGCGCUUUGGGAGAAUCCAGGAAGCAAGCUGUGGCACGUUUUCUUGCACUGGAAAAAAGGAUGGCUCAAGAUGUCACCUUGAAAAAUGAAUACGCCAAAUUCAUCGACGAAUACCAAAAACUGGGACAUAUG